UUGUCCGUGGUCAGAGCCGAGAAGGGGUCACUGCUGCAAGAUGUGCUCCAGACAAAGCGGGUGCCACGGCUGUGGCUGCUGCUGCUGCUGCCGGGGCAGCCAACAGUCCCAGGGCUCCUCCGGCGGGGGAGGAGGCGGAUCCUGCUGCGGUGGAGGAUCCUCCGGAGGAUCAGCCCAGAAGAUCAUUAUCAGCUCUGGCGGCGGAGGAGGAGGAGGAGGAGGCUCCUCUGGAUGCUGCGGAGGGGGAUCCGGUGGCGGUUCUUCAAAGAGCAUGAUGGGAGGAGGAGGAGGAGGAGGAUGCUGUGGCGGAGGCUCCAGUGGUGGUUCCUCAAAGAGCAUGAUGGGAGGAGGAGGAGGAGGCGGAGGAUGCUGCGGCGGUGGAUCUAGUGGUGGAUCUUCUGGGAUGAAGAUCAUAAUGGGAGGUGGGGGAGGUGGAGGCGGUGGAGGUGGUGGAUGCUGCGGUGGUGGAUCUGGUGGUGGCUCUUCAAAGAGCAUGAUGGGCGGUGGAGGCGGUGGAGGUGGUGGAUGCUGCGGUGGCGGAUCCGGUGGUGGCUCCUCAAAGAGCAUGAUGGGCGGUGGAGGCGGUGGAGGUGGUGGGUGCUGUGGUGGUGGAUCUAGUGGCGGUUCCUCAAAGAGCAUGAUGGGCGGUGGAGGCGGUGGAGGUGGUGGGUGCUGUGGUGGUGGAUCUAGUGGCGGUUCCUCAAAGAGCAUGAUGGGAGGUGGAGGUGGUGGAGGUGGUGGAUGCUGCGGUGGAGGAUCCAGUGGUGGCUCCUCAAAGAGCAUGAUGGGCGGUGGAGGUGGUGGAUGCUGUGGUGGAGGAUCUGGUGGUGGCUCUUCUGGGAUGAAGGUCAUCAUGGGAGGUGGUGGAGGUGGUGGAGGUGGUGGAUGCUGUGGUGGAGGAUCUGGUGGUGGCUCUUCUGGGAUGAAGGUCAUCAUGGGAGGUGGUGGAGGUGGUGGGUGCUGUGGUGGAGGAUCCGGCGGUGGCAGUGGGGGAUCAGCCCAGAAGAUCAUCAUCAGCUCUGGUGGUGGAGGAGGAGGAGGAGGCUCCUCUGGAUGCUGCGGAGGAGGAUCCGGUGGUGGCUCUUCAGGAGGGAAGAUCAUCAUGGGAGGGGGAGGCGGUGGCGGAUCCUCUGGAUGCUGUGGUGGUGGAUCCGGUGGUGGCUCCUCGGGCCAGACCAUCAUCAUCAGCUCUGGAGGUGGCAGCGGAGGCUCCUCACAGCAGAAAUGUCCCGUUGUCAUCCCCAGCAUGGUGUCCCACCAGACCAAGCAGAGCUCCAGCUGGCCCUGCCAGCAGAAGUAAGAGCCCUGGGCAGCUCCUGUUCCCAUCAGGAAUGGCCAAGUCUUUGCCCUCCAAGUUUUCUCCCAGCACGUCCCCAUCCCUUGUGUUCCCUUGGUGCUGCAUCCCUGUGCUGUGAACUCCCAGGUGGCUCCUCUGUGCCACAAAUGUGACGGGAAAUAAAGACUUCUGUGCACGGA